GCAGGAAACAACGGAAACAACAGCAACCAGUUGCCGAAGCGGCAGUAACUGAGUGGAUUUAGAGCGUUUUAACGUUUCAAGAACGGCGUGCCGUUGUUGCCGUCAAUUGUGUUGUGCCUUUGUUAAUUAAUACCGGUGAAUCGUGCGCUUCAAAAAUUAUGUCAAUUAUUGUUUCAAUCCUGAUUAAAGUUUGUUUUUGACCUUAUAUCGUGUGUAUACUUUUCCAGAAUUUAGAUACGUAAAUUAAAACUAAUAAGGAUGGAUUUCCUCGAGUAUUCUGAUAUUACCGCAGAGGUAAAAGGCGUCAUGACUCCAGGAAAGUUGAAGUUGACCGAUCAACAUUUGAUAUUCAAAAAUCAAAAAACAGGAAAGGUUGAGCAAAUUUCUGGUUCCGAUAUGGAAAUGGUCAAUUACCAGAAAUUUGUCGGAACUUGGGGCCUUCGAAUAUUCUUAAAAAAUGGAACGUUACAUAGAUUUCGAGGAUUCAAAGAUGGGGACCAAGAAAAAAUAGCCAAAUUCUUUACUUCGAACUAUAAGAAGGAUAUGUUGGAGAAGGAACUUAGUUUGAAGGGUUGGAACUGGGGAACAGCAAAAUUCAAUGGUUCAGUGCUAAGCUUUGACGUUGGACAUCACACUGCGUUUGAAAUUCCUUUGUAUUACGUUUCACAAUGUAAUACAGGAAAAAACGAAGUUACUCUAGAGUUUCAUCAGAACGAUGACGCGCCGGUAAGUCUGAUGGAAAUGAGGUUCCAUAUCCCUAUAAGUGACAGUGCUGAACAAGAUCCUGUCGAAGGAUUCCAUCAGCAAGUGAUGAGCAAAGCAUCGGUCAUCAGUGUCAGUGGAGAUGCGAUUGCUAUCUUCAGAGAAAUUCAUUGUCUCACGCCUCGUGGUCGUUACGACAUCAAGAUAUUUCAGUCUUUCUUUCAACUUCACGGUAAAACAUUCGACUACAAGAUCCCCAUGUCUACUGUGCUGAGAUUGUUCUUACUGCCUCAUAAGGACAGUAGGCAAAUGUUUUUUGUUGUCAGUUUAGAUCCACCUAUCAAACAGGGGCAGACGCGUUAUCAUUAUUUGGUAUUGUUGUUCAGUCAAGAAGACGAAACGUCUAUCGAAUUGCCAUUCACAGAGAAGGAGCUGGAACAAAAAUAUAACGACAAAUUAACUAAAGAGUUAUCGGGUCCAACUUAUGAGGUUCUUGGCAAAGUAAUGAAAGCUAUAAGUGUGAGAAAACUUACUGGACCUGGUGGCUUUGUUGGGCACUCAGGAACCCCUGCAGUUGGUUGUUCGUUCAAAGCUGCAGCUGGAUAUUUGUAUCCAUUAGAAAGAGGUUUCAUAUACGUUCAUAAACCACCAAUUCACAUACGUUUCGAAGAAAUUGCUUCUGUCAAUUUUGCACGUGGCGGUGGAUCAACACGAUCAUUUGAUUUUGAAAUUGAAUUAACGAGCGGUGUUACUCACACAUUCAGCAACAUUGAAAAAGAGGAAUAUGCCAAACUCUUCGACUUUAUUACGUCCAAGAAACUGCGAGUGAAGAACAGGGGCAAAACUGACAAACCGAAGUACAACGACGACUUUGGCAAUAGCGAUCAAGAAGAUGAGCCCGAUGCCUAUUUGGCAAGAAUUAAAGCAGAGGUGGAAGAGAGAAGUGAUGAAAAUCAAGAGUCUGAGGAGUCAACCGAUGAAGAUUUCAAUCCCAAUCAGGAUGAAAGUGACGUUGCCGAGGAAUAUGAUAGCAACGUGAGUGCAUCUGAUAGCGAUGCGGACUCAGAUGCUUCAGGUGGAAGUGGGAAGAAAGAGAAAAAAGAAAAGAAAGAGAAGAAAGAAAAGAAGCACAAGUCUGCUAAGACUGUUUCUGAAAAGCCACGAAAAUCACGUAAACCAAAGAAGGAAAAAGAUGAGAAUAGGCCCAAGCGACCAUCCACUGCUUUCAUGUUAUGGUUGAAUAGUACUCGAGAGGAGAUCAAAGCGAAAAAUCCUGGAAUUGCUGUGACUGAAAUCGCAAAGAAAGGUGGUGAAAUGUGGCGAGAACUAAAAGAUAAAUCUGAAUGGGAACAAAAAGCAGCUAAGGCAAAGGAAGAUUAUGCAGUAGCUAUGAAAGAUUAUGAGGCUAGCGGCGGUGCCGCAGCCGCGAAGGCCAAAGAAAGUGGUAAAGAAAAAUCAGACAAGCAAAAGAAAGAAAGUAAGAAAGAAGUCUCUCCUACUAAACUUAUGGCAGGUGGUGCUUUCAAGAGCAAAGAAUAUAUCAGUGACGAGGAAAGCACUAGCGGUAGUGGAGAUGAUUCCGAAGAUAAAAAGGGUGCUUCGGAGAAAAAAAAUUCUGACGAAAGUGAAGAUGAAAAGAAGAAAGUCUCAGAGGAUGAAAGUGAUUCUGAGAAGAAAAAGAAAAAGAGAGGAGAUAAACGACCUGCUGAAACUGAUGGGAAAAAAACCAAAAAAGGGAAGAAAGAUUUGUCCGAAGCUGAAGGAAGCGAUGAAGAUUUCGAUGAACCCGAAGAAAGCACCCCUGCAACAAGUGACGCAGAAUCGGAGUAGUGAUUGAUUCCAAACUAUAAAGUAUGUAUGCUAAUGUUCUAGACCGUGUACCUGUUCUGUAACAAAUUGUAUGAAGUUUUUUAACCCUACACUCAGAAGAUCGUCGCUUUCACUUAAGUGUUGACACCGGAAUACUAAUUCAUAAAACAUUAUUGUGAUCAACUGCAGCCGAAAUCUCAUAGCUGUUAUGUUACCCCUGCAAAAGCAUUAAACUACAUUGUGUUACUAGGACGUUAAAAUGUCGAAAAUAAAUAAUUACUUUUUCAUUAUUA